AUGGAAGCCGCGCACUCACCACCUAGUUUCAGCAACAACAACGUUCGAGGCACGCGAGGUUUAAUAGAAAAAAAAAUUCAGACGGCGGCGAUCGCCCAUGUCACGACACGGCGGCAGGCACCACUCCCGUUUGCGGCCAACAAAAAUGUCGAACUGAAACUCGCCGAGCACGGAGCGAGUGCGGUGUCGAAUGCCCCACAACUAAGCUUUCGACACGAAGCUCCGCCAGAUCGUCAUGAGUCAAGCGCUGCUCGAGUCCGAAAUGCCCGAAGCCGCCCCAGUCGAGACAUCCACAAGCGACGCGCCCGUCAAAACACCAAGAAAUUCUCGUCCGGUUCGCUCAGCGGUGCGACAGACGCAGCCCGGCCGAAAGUCGUCACCGUCAAGCACCCCGAGAGCAACAAGCCAAAACCGACCGUCAAGAAGAACAAACCCAUCCAGGCGGAUCUGGACGUAACCAAGGAAUUCCUACGAUGUCGUGAGGAAGGCUUCAAACGACUGGACCUCAGUAAGUCUAAUAUCACACUAUUGCCAGCGACCGUACGCGAUCUAACGCAUUUAUCCGAAUUGUAUUUGUACGGGAAUAAAAUCGCUACGCUACCGAAUGAAAUCGGUAAUCUCACAAGCCUCCAGACGCUCGCAUUGAGCGAGAAUUCACUCACGAGUCUACCGGACUCGCUCGACGGUUUGAAAUCGAUUAAAGUAUUGGAUUUGAGGCAUAAUAAACUCAACGAUAUACCGGAUGUUGUCUACAAGUUGACAACCCUCACAACACUCUUCCUGCGCUUCAAUCGCAUCAAAUAUGUCGGCGAAGAGAUCCAGCACUUGACCUCGUUGACAAUGCUCAGUCUACGCGAGAAUAAAAUACGUGAAUUACCAGCCGAGAUCGGGCGAUUGAUCAAUUUAAUCACAUUCGAUGUGUCACACAAUCACCUCGAGCAUUUACCAACUGAACUCGGCAACUACGAUUUAUCCACCUUGGACCUGCAGCAUAAUGAGCUGUUGGAUAUUCCCGAAACGAUAGGACAACUGCAACAAUUAACGCGAUUGGGUUUACGUUACAAUCGUUUAUCGAGUAUUCCGGCGAGUUUAAGUAACUGCAAUCACAUGGAUGACUUUAAUGUCGAAGGUAACGCCAUCUGUCAGUUACCCGAAGGUUUAUUAUCCAGUUUGGUUGAGUUGAGAAGUAUUACAUUAUCACGGAAUAAUUUCUCUUCGUAUCCGUCGGGCGGGCCGUCGCAGUUCACGAAUGUCGAUUCGAUUAAUCUGGAACACAAUCAGAUCGAUAAAAUACCCUAUGGGAUAUUUUCAAGGGCGAAGAACCUAACCAAACUUAAUAUGAAAGAGAAUCAGUUGACAUCUCUGCCGCUAGAUGUCGGCACAUGGCUGAAUAUGGUCGAGUUGAAUCUAGGCACGAAUCAACUCACGAAGUUACCCGAUGAUAUACAGUGCCUGCAAUGUUUGGAAGUGUUAACACUUUCGAAUAAUCUCCUACGGCGUAUUCCGCCUAGUGUUGGUAAUCUUCGCAAAUUACGUGUUCUGGAUUUGGAGGAGAAUCGUCUGGAGCAGUUGCCGAAUGAAGUGGGGUUAUUGCGUGAGCUGCAGAGGUUAGUCGUGCAGUCAAAUCAAUUGACAUCUCUGCCAAGGGCAAUCGGUCAUCUGUCAAAUCUGCAGUAUUUGAGCGUCGGCGAGAAUAAUAUCAGCUUUCUACCGGAGGAAAUCGGCACGUUGGAGAAUUUGGAAAGCCUGUACAUCAACGAUAAUCAGGCGCUGCAUAAUCUACCAUUUGAAUUAGCGCUCUGUUCGAAUCUGGCGAUUAUGAGCAUCGAGAAUUGUCCGCUGUCGCAAAUCCCGGCCGAGAUUGUCUCCGGCGGGCCGUCGUUGGUCAUACAGUAUUUAAAAAUGCAAGGGCCGUAUCGCGCGAUGUAAGGUAAGGGUAGACGUGUAAAAAUGUGAACAAAAUGUGAUUACUGUUUUAAUCUUAGACGUAAUUUUAAGCAAAAAACAUGUUACUAGGUUAAAACCAAGAUGGCGUCUCGAUAUAUAUAUAUUCAUUACAAGUGCAUUUGUUAGAUAUCUCGCCGCACACAUGACUGCGUCAGUAUUAUUUUACAAUUGAAAUUUAUUCCAUCAAUGAUUAAGUGUGGUUUUUGCUUUGAUUUGAAUGACGUCAGCAGGCGUGUGCGCAGAAACAAUUGAGUUUUAUUUGUGACCAAUUUGAAGCAUGACAUUAGCGAUUAAGAGAAAAUGGCGGAUUUGAAGUUGCGGUGGAGGAGGGGAGGGGGAGAAUUCUGUUGCACACCAUUUAAAUAAUCGAUAAACGUCCGAAAUACACCCCCGCGUGGAAAAGUAUUAUAAUUUUGAUAAAUAUUAUGCGAAAUGUGUCAAAGACGUGCAUUAAAUGUGAUGUUAUCUGUUCCGCCAUCACCCCCACAGUCGUAUAUAAUAUUGCAUGCGAACCGCCAUCAAGCAAAAGACUUUAAAACACUGCUGUGCUCAAAAAACGCAGCCGCCAAUUUGAAAUGAAAGAAGAAGAAAAAAAAACAACCACGCAUGUAAAACUAAUCGUAAUCUAAUUGUGCUGAAUGUAUUAAUUAGACAGAUGGUAAUAGACGUACCUACAAUAUAAGCAUGUAUUAUAAAUCCGAAAAUAUUAUUCAACGCAGACACAAAGAGAGAGAGAGAGAGAGGAAAAAGUUCUAUAUUUGUAUAUUUAGUGGAUUCCUGGAUUGAAACACGCAAUGCUAGCGCAACGAGAGCUUAAAUCCAAAGAGAAAAUAAUUGAUAUGUUAGUCUAUAGACCUUAUUGAGAAACCAACAUGGCGUAAUAAGACUGCAAACGUACGAUUUAAACACACACACACGUUCCGCGAUUUGCAACAAGAUGGACGACGAGAACACACGUUUCUUAUGUGGAUGUACUUUGUUUAUCAACGCGAGGAAUCAUUAUUGUUAAUAAUAAUACGUUUGAUUGCUGUAGCGACACGUGAAUGAUUACAAUAAAAGUGUAUUUUAUCUCA